GCUAAACCAGAAGAAAAACAUCAACAUACAAUAAAUUUAAACCCCCAAAAAAACCUUCUUGUGUGCUCUCCAGCUAUUCUUUCCAAAUCCAUCGAUCACUUCUGUUCAAUGGAUCUACCAUUCCUGAUUCAAUCAAUUUGAGAUCUUGAAUCAGGUGGUGGGUUCAAUUCAAUCAGUCAACUUGAACUGUUGGAGGAGUUGAAAGAUUCAAGGGUAUGAAGAUACCUUGUUGCACGGUUUGUCAGACAAGGUACAACGAAGAGGAUAGAUGUCCGUUGUUGCUUGAGUGCGGCCAUGGAUUCUGUAAAGAGUGUUUGUCCCGUAUGUUUUCAUCAGCACCAUCAGACACUACUCUUCCGUGUCCACGAUGUCGCCAAGUCUCCGUUGUCGGUAACUCCGUCCACGCGCUACGGAAGAACUACGCUAUUUUGGGGUUAAUCUCUUCUGCUUCCAAUAGCGAUUUUACCGACGAGGAUGAUGACGAUGAGGAUGAUGGGUUGGUGGUGGUGGUGGAUAGAGACCGGCGCAGCUGUGGGUCCAACGCUUCCAGUUCUAAUGGCUUAAUCGAACUUGGUUCGCACCAGGAUUUGAGGAUGGUGAGGCGGAUUGGGGAAGGGCCAGGGCGGAAGGGGAGCGGAGUUGAAAUGUGGUCGGCGGUGUUGUCUGGGAAAUCAGGGAGGUGUCGUCACCGUGUGGCGGUGAAGAAACUUGUGGUGAUUGGGGAAGAUACUGAUUUAGUUUGGGUACAGAAUGAGCUUGAUGAUUUGAGGCGUAAGUCGAUGUGGUGUAGAAAUGUGUGCAAGUUUCAUGGGGCAACGAAGGUGGAUGAGUGUCUUGCUCUGAUCAUGGAUAAAUGCAAUGGUUCUGUUGAGACAGAGAUGCAAAGAAACGAAGGGAGACUCACUCUUGAGCAAAUCCUGAGAUAUGGUGCAGAUAUUGCUCGUGGGGUGGCUGAACUACAUGCAGCAGGUGUGGUUUGUAUGAACCUUAAACCAUCAAAUCUUCUUUUAGAUGAAGAAGGUCGUGCAGUUGUUUCCGAUUAUGCCCUUCCUGCCAUUUUAAAAAAACCAGCUUGCAGGAAAGCCCGUUUAGAGUGUGAUUCCUCAAGAACUCAUUCAUGCAUGGAUUGCACAAUGUUAAGCCCAAACUACACAGCUCCAGAAGCAUGGGAGCCUGUUAAAAAAUCUUUAAAUAUUUUUUGGGAUGAUGCCCUUGGUAUAUCACCUGAGUCAGAUGCAUGGAGUUUUGGGUGUACAUUAGUAGAAAUGUGCACUGGUUCUGUUCCGUGGGCUGGAUUAAAUGCUGAGGAAAUAUAUCGUGCAGUUGUUAAGGCGAAAAGACAACCUCCACAAUAUGCAAGUGUAGUAGGUGUUGGAAUACCAAGGGAUCUGUGGAAAAUGAUUGGUGAUUGUUUACAGUUUAAGGCACCUAAAAGACCGACUUUUAGUGCUAUGCUUGCAAUAUUUCUUAGGCAUUUACAAGAAAUACCUCGUGGGCCUCCUGCAAGCCCAGAUAGCGAUGUAAUUGUAUACCCGAAAGCAAAUGGGACGAUGCCACCUGUCCCUCCAACCAACUUAGAAGUUGUCCAUGAUUAUCGGACUCUUUUACAUACAAUGGUUUGUGAAGGGAAUGUUUCUGGUGUGAGUGAGUUGCUAGCAAAGGCUUCAUCAAAAAACGAUGUCAACAUGUUUCGUUCUCUUCUAGAAGCUCAAAAUGCAGAGGGCCAAACUGCCCUCCACCUGGCAUGCAGACGUGGCAGUUCUGAACUUGUUGAGUCUAUUUUAAGUUAUCGAGAGGCCAAUGUGGAUGUACUUGAUAAAGAUGGGGACCCACCACUUGUGUUUGCUCUUGCAGCAGGGUCCCCAGAAUGUGUGCGUGUUCUUCUUGGUAGAUAUGCUAAUGUGAGGUCUAGAUUGAGGGAUGGAUUUGGUCCUUCAAUUGCUCAUGUUUGUGCAUAUCAUGGUCAACCAGAUUGCAUGCGUGAAUUGCUAGUGGCUGGUGCUGAUCCAAAUGCAGUUGAUGAUGAAGGUGAAUCUGUAUUGCAUAGAGCAGUGACAAAAAAGUACACAGAGUGUGCUCUUGUUAUAUUGGAAAAUGGGGGAUGUAAAUCCAUGGGCAUCUCAAACUCAAAGAAUCUCACGCCUCUGCAUUUAUGUGUGACAACAUGGAAUGUAGCUGUUGUUAAAAGAUGGAUUGAAGUUGCAUCUUCUGAAGAAAUUGCAGAAGCCAUAGAUGUACCUAGUCCUGUGGGGACCGCAUUGAGUAUGGCAGCCGCUUUAAAGAAAGAUCAUGAAGCUAAUGGUAGAGAACUUGUACAGAUUCUUCUUGCUGCUGGAGCUGAUGCUACUGCUCAAGACACUCAACAUGGACGCACAGCUCUGCAUACUGCUGCUAUGACUAAUGAUGUGGAGUUAGUUAAAAUUAUUCUUGAUGCUGGAGUUGAUGUGAACAUAAGGAAUGUGCAAAACACCAUUCCUUUACAUGUGGCAUUGGCAAGAGGAUCAAAAUCAUGUGUUGGAAUGCUUCUUUCUGCAGGAGCAAAUUGUAAUUUGCAGGAUGAUGAAGGAAACAAUGCUUUUCAUAUAGCUGCUGAUACAGCAAAGAUGAUACGUGAAAAUCUGGAGUGGAUCAUUGUUAUGCUUAAAUAUCCAGGGGCUGCUGUAGAAGUCAGGAAUCACAGUGGUAUGACACUACGUGACUUCUUGGAGGCCCUUCCUCGGGAAUGGAUUUCAGAGGAUUUGAUGGAGGCACUUGCAAACAAAGGAGUUCAUUUAUUUCCAACAAUAUACCAAGUAGGCGACUGGGUGAAAUUCAAAAGUACAGUUGCAACACCAACAUACGGGUGGCAAGGUGCAACACACAAAAGUGUUGGUUUUGUUCAAAGUGUCCCAGAUAAAGACAAUCUUUUUGUCUCAUUUUGUUCUGGUGAAGCACGUGUACUUGCCAAUGAAGUUAUGAAAGUCAUCCCAUUGGACAGAGGCCAACAUGUCCAACUCAAACCAGAUGUCAGAGAACCAAGAUUUGGUUGGCGUGGGCAAUCGAGAGAGAGUAUUGGAACUGUUCUUUGUGUUGAUGAUGAUGGGAUUUUGCGGGUCGGGUUUCCUGGAGCAUCCAGAGGAUGGAAGGCCGACCCGGCAGAAAUGGAGCGGGUUGAGGAAUUUAAAGUUGGAGAUUGGGUUCGGGUCCGACCCGCUCUUACAACUGCUAAGCAUGGGUUAGGGUCGGUUACACCAGGAAGCAUUGGUAUUGUGUAUUGUAUUAGACCCGAUAAUAGUUUGUUGUUGGAACUCAGUUAUCUUCCAAAUCCAUGGCAUUGUGAACCCGAAGAAGUUGAACCUGUUGACCCAUUCAGGAUUGGUGAUCGUGUAUGUGUGAAGAGGUCAGUUGCAGAACCUAGGUAUGCUUGGGGUGGUGAAACACAUCACAGUGUUGGAAGGAUUAUUGAGAUAGAAAGCGAUGGUCUCCUGAUAAUUGAAAUUCCAAAUAGGCCCAUACCAUGGCAAGCUGAUCCUUCUGACAUGGAAAAAGUCGAGGACUUUAAGGUUGGAGAUUGGGUGAGAGUUAAGGCUUCAGUGUCCUCACCUAAAUACGGGUGGGAGGACAUAACCAGGAACAGUAUCGGGUUAAUCCACAGUUUAGAAGAAGAUGGUGACAUGGGAAUCGCCUUUUGCUUCAGAAGCAAACCCUUUUCAUGUUCAGUGACAGAUGUCGAAAAAGUAGCACCUUUCGAAUUAGGUCAAGAAAUUCAUAUAAUUUCUUCGGUCAACCAACCACGCCUUGGAUGGUCCAACGAAAGCCCCGCCACCGUGGGUAAAAUCGUCCGAAUCGACAUGGAUGGAGCUUUAAACGCUAAAGUGGCGGGAAGACACGGGUUAUGGAAAGUAUCUCCCGGAGAUGCGGAAGUCCUUUCGGGAUUUGAAGUAGGCGAUUGGGUUCGAUCAAAACCGAGUGUAGGAACUCGACCUAGUUACGAUUGGUAUAGUAUUGGAAAAGAAAGUUUAGCAGUUGUUCAUAGUGUACAAGACACUGGUUAUCUAGAAUUAGCUUGUUGUUUCCGUAAAGGUAAAUGGAUGACUCACCACACCGACAUCGAAAAAGUCCUCGGGUUCAAAAUCGGGCAGCACGUGAGAUUCCGGGCAGGGCUAGAAGAACCGCGAUGGGGUUGGCGAGGCGCGCAGCCCAACUCCCGCGGCGUUAUCAUCAACGUGAACGCGGACGGCGAAGUACGCGUUGCGUUUUUCGGGCUGCCGGGAUUAUGGAGAGGCGACCCGGCGGAUUUGGAAAUAGAAAAAACUUUUGAAGUUGGAGAGUGGGCUCAAAUGAGUGAAACCGCAAGUGUUUGGAAAUCAAUCGGGCCGGGUAGUAUCGGGAUUGUACAAGGGAUCGUAUAUGAAUCGGAUGAAUGGGCCGGGAAUAUUUCAGUUGGGUUUUGCGGGGAGCAAGACCAAUGGGUCGGCCCAUGUACGGAUCUCGAACGGGUCGAGAAGCUCACAAACGGGCAACGGGUUCGGGUGAAACCGUCGGUGAAACAACCGCGGUUCGGGUGGUCGGGCCAUACACAUUCCAGCAUCGGGGUGAUUUCGGGUAUUGAUUCGGAUGGGAAGCUAAGGAUGUAUACCCCCGCGGGUUCAAAGUCAUGGAUGCUUGACCCGUUUGAAGUGGAAGUGGUUGAAGAAGAGGAGCUCCAUAUCGGGGACUGGGUCCGGGUCAAACCGUCUGUGACCUCCCCGGUUCACCAUUGGGGGGAGGUGACUCAUUCGAGCAUCGGGGUGGUGCACCGGAUGGAGGAGGGUGAUGUUUGGGUGGCGUUUUGUUUCUUGGAGCGGUUGUGGCUGUGUAAGGCGGGGGAAGUGGAGAGGAUCCGGCGGUUCGUGGUGGGGGACAGGGUGCGGAUCAAGAAGGGUUUGGUUAGCCCGCGGUGGGGGUGGGGGAUGGAGACGCAUGCGAGUAGAGGUCAGGUGGUGGGGGUGGAUGCCAAUGGGAAGUUAAGGAUUAAGUUUCAAUGGCGGGAAGGGAAGCCAUGGAUUGGUGAUCCGGCUGAUAUCGAACUUGAUGAUAGUGAAAAUGGGUUGCCAGCUGGCCGGAUUUUGUAGGUGUCAGGUG